CUGCGGCGCUGCGCCAUGGUCCGGCCCGGGCGGGGCGCGCCCCUCCCCCGCCUUUUGCGUCGGUUCCGCCCGCAGGAUUCCAGCCGCCGCCGCUGCUCCUCGCCGCAGCUCCGGUCCGGGCCGCUCGGGCGUUUUCUCUCUGCCUUAAAGGCGUCUUUUAUGAAUCAAAAGCAGCAGAAGCCGACGCUAUCGGGCCAGCGUUUCAAAACUAGAAAAAGAGAUGAAAAAGAGAGGUUUGACCCUACCCAGUUCCAGGACUGUAUUAUUCAAGGUUUAACUGAAACUGGCACUGACUUGGAGGCAGUAGCAAAGUUUCUUGAUGCUUCUGGUGCAAAACUUGAUUAUCGUCGCUAUGCAGAAACACUUUUUGACAUCCUGGUGGCUGGUGGAAUGCUGGCCCCAGGUGGUACCCUGGCAGAUGACAUGACACGCACAGAUGUCUGUGUAUUUGCAGCACAAGAAGACCUAGAAACCAUGCAAGCAUUUGCUCAGGUUUUUAACAAGCUAAUCAGGCGUUACAAGUACCUGGAGAAAGGCUUUGAAGAUGAAGUCAAAAAGUUGCUGCUGUUCCUGAAAGGGUUCUCAGAGUCUGAGCGGAACAAACUGGCCAUGUUGACGGGUAUUCUGCUAGCCAAUGGGACACUUAACGCAUCGAUUCUCAACAGUCUUUAUAAUGAGAAUUUGGUAAAAGAAGGUGUUUCUGCAGCUUUUGCAGUCAAGCUGUUCAAGUCGUGGAUAAAUGAGAAAGAUAUUAAUGCAGUGGCUGUCAGUCUUCGUAAAGUAAACAUGGAUAACAGACUGAUGGAGCUCUUCCCAGCCAACAAACAAAGUGUUGAACACUUCUCCAAGUACUUCACUGAAGCAGGACUGAAAGAACUUUCCGAGUACGUUCGGAACCAGCAAACCAUAGGAGCUCGGAAGGAACUGCAGAAAGAACUUCAGGAACAGAUGUCACGGGGAGAUCCAUUCAAGGAUAUAAUCUUGUACAUAAAAGAGGAGAUGAAGAAAAACAACAUCUCAGAACAGACUGUGAUAGCCAUAAUCUGGUCAAGUGUAAUGAGCACUGUGGAGUGGAACAAAAAGGAGGAGCUGGUAGCAGAGCAAGCCAUUAAGCACUUGAAGCAAUACAGUCCUCUACUUGCUGCCUUUACUACCCAAGGUCAGUCAGAGCUGACUCUUCUGUUGAAGAUUCAGGAGUAUUGUUAUGACAACAUUCAUUUCAUGAAGGCCUUCCAGAAAAUAGUGGUGCUGUUCUAUAAAGCUGAAGUUCUGAGUGAAGAACCCAUCCUGAAGUGGUAUAAAGAUGCGCAUCUUGCAAAAGGAAAGAGCGUGUUUCUAGAGCAAAUGAAAAAGUUUGUUGAAUGGCUCAAGAAUGCUGAAGAAGAGUCGGAGUCUGAAGCUGAAGAGGGUGACUGACCUGUGACACUGUCCUCAGUAAAGCAAACAGGAGCUGUAGAUAACCGUCGUGUCUCAUGUCCUUCUGAUUCUUACAUCCUACCUCCCUGUAUCAAGCAUGAUAUAAGGGCUCAUGGCAAAUUUAUUUUAACUGUUUUCUAUAGUCAUUGAAAUACUGGGUUUAGUUUUUAAAACCAUGUUUUAAGUAGCUUACAGGAGUUACAGAUUUGACUCUAACCUGCAUUUGUCCUUUCAGUUAUAUUCUACCUCCUGUAUUUUCUACUGUAAUAAUGUAAUUUAAGGCCUUCCACAAUGAAAUCCAUUUUACCCCUUGGAUUUUCUAUCUAUCUGCAUUUGAGUAGACAUGAUUUGGUAAACGAGAUUUAUGGCAGUUCUGUUUGCAAAUUAAAAUGUAAGAAGCCUCUGAUGUGAAGAGGCUGUGGCUUGUGUGGUAACUUGGUGUGAUACUUUAAUCCAUACUACAUGCUUCAAAUAACCCUUGAUUGUCCAUCUCCUCAAGGACUUUGUCAGCUCUUUUACUAUACUUCCAGCAUAAAGUAAUGUUCUACUCCAGCUACUGGGAAAGGCAGCUGCCCUGCUUCUGGGCGCUCAGUAUUCUACAGCAUAGAAACUUCUAGUGGUGAACUCUUGUAACUAUGGUGGGGUAUGAAGAGUGGCAUCUCUGAGCCUGCUGGCAUAGCUGGUGGCCUAAGUUCCUGAGGGGCAGCACAGCUUGUCAGGCUGUCUUAUACCUGGGCAUCAAUUCUAGGGCUCUUGCACUUGUCAGUCUCUUUGCAACUUCUCUGCAAGUACAAGCAAACAGUGCUGUCCUGAAUGCAGCUGCCAAAGAUUUUUCUGGAGUGCUGGCUGAAGCUGCUAACAGUGCUGGGGCAAGGGCGUGCCUUGUUACACGUACAACUGCUGCAAGGUAAGAUGAACAAAAUCCUAUCCCUGCACCCCUGCCCCCAGAAUGAGGUUAUUUUAUGCUGGCAGUUGACACGUUAAGAUCAUUUGCUUACCAAAACUUGGUCUGACUUCUUAAGGGCAAUUCUCAGGACAGCUCAUAAUUCAGGAAAGAUCUGGUAAAGGCUAAGUAUACACUGUUGUAAACUAAAAAAAUCAGCAUUAACUGAAAUACUUAUAAGCAGAGUACACCUAUUAAAGUAAAAAAAGAAAUGGUGAUGACAGUGCAAUCUGUUCAGUACUAAAGUGAUCUUCCUUAACUUGUAACUUCAGUUUUUUUAAAAAACAAAUAAAAGCCAUCCUUAAAC